UUCCGACCCGCCAGGCCCCGCGCGGCUCGGAUCUGGCGGCGCUGCCUCGGCCGGGAGUGGGUGAGGGAGAAGCCGGGGCAGGGGAGGAGCUGCCGGAGCUGUCGGAGCCGUGACACCCAGGGCAGCCUCACUCUGAAGCCACAAGGAAUGCUAGUGGAGUCCCUCAUCCCUUCUCCCAGCUUCUCUUCCAAGCUGCCCCAUGGGCCUUGAUCCAGAAAGCCACUUCAGAAAGCUGUACCUCUUUUGAACUCUUUCUGUGUACUAUGUUACAGUAGACAGUUCAAGGGCACAGCAAGGUUUACUACAAUGUGAGGGACUCUUGGGCAUUACAAAUUAUACAGAUGAGGUCCCUUGGGAGAAACUCCUCGAGGUGCCCAGGCUGAGACAGGGGGGUAAUGACAGUGUGAGCUCUAGAUGGUGUGAGACCACCCCAGGGUCAGAAAAUGGCUACAGCCUUGGAACCAGAGGACCAGGAUCUUUGGGAAGAAGAGGGAAUUCUUAUGGUGAAAUUGGAAGAUGAUUUCACCUGUAGGCCAGAGUCUGUCUUACAGAGGGAUGACCCUGUGCUUGAGACCUCGCACCAGAACUUCCGACGCUUUCGCUACCAAGAAGCAGCAAGCCCUCGAGAAGCUCUCAUUCGACUCCGAGAACUUUGUCAUCAGUGGCUGAGGCCAGAGAGGCGGACAAAGGAGCAGAUCCUAGAGCUGCUUGUGCUGGAACAAUUCCUUACCGUCCUGCCUGGAGAACUGCAGAGCUGGGUGCGAGGCCAACGACCAGAGAGUGGCGAGGAGGCAGUGACGCUGGUGGAGGGUUUGCAGAAACAACCCAGGAGACCAAGGCGGUGGGUGACUGUCCAUGUUCACGGCCAGGAAGUCUUGUCAGAGGAGACAGUGCAUCCAGGAGUAGAGCCUGAGUCACCUAGGGAGCUGCAGGAUCCUGUGCAGACCUCGACCCCUGACGAGUCCCAUGAGGAGACUACACAGAGCCCAGAUCUGGGGGCACCGGAAGAGCAGAGCCCAUGCCAUGAAUUGGAGUUCCAGCCCCUGCAGGAGAGCGACGUUCCAGUGCCCCAGGACCCAGACCUUCCUGAAGAGAGGGACACUGGAAACCCAGAGAUGGUUGCCCUUCUUACUGCUCUGUCACAGGGGUUGGUAACUUUCAAGGAUGUGGCUGUAUGCUUCUCUCAGGACCAGUGGAGUGAUCUGGAUCCAACACAGAAAGAGUUCUAUGGAGAAUAUGUCUUAGAAGAAGACUGUGGAAUUGUGGUCUCCUUGUCAUUUCCAAUCCCCAGACUAGAUGAGAUCUCCCACGUUAGAGAGGAAGAGCCUUUGGUCUCAGAUAUCCCAGAGCCUCAAGAGCCUCAAGAACCAGAAAUCCUGAGUUUCACCUACACAGGAGAUAGGAGUGAAGAUGAGGAAGAGUACCUUGAGCAAGAAGAUCUGAGUUUUGAGGACCUACACACAUCUAUUUUGGGAGAUCCAGAAAUUCACCAGACUCCAGAUUGGGAAAUAGUCUUUGAGGAUGAUCCAGGUAGACUUAAUGAAAGAAGAUUUGGUACAAAUAUUUCUCAAGUUAAUAGUUUAACGAAUCUUCGGGAAGCCAUGCCUAUCCACCCCCUGUUAGGGAGACAUCAUGACUGUCCUGUAUGUGGAAAAAGUUUCACUUGUAACUCCCACCUUGUUAGACACCUGAGAACUCACACAGGAGAGAAACCCUAUAAAUGUAUGGAGUGUGGGAAAAGUUACACACGGAGCUCACAUCUUGCCAGGCACCAAAAGGUUCACAAAAUGGGCACUCCUUAUAAAUUUCCCCUAAACCGGAAGAAUUUGGAUGAGACCUCCCCUCGGGUCCAGGCUGAGAGAACUCCACCUGUUGAGAAACCCUAUAGAUGUGACGAUUGUGGAAAACACUUCCGCUGGACUUCAGACCUUGUCAGGCAUCAGAGGACACAUACAGGAGAAAAACCCUUCUUCUGUACUAUUUGUGGCAAAAGCUUUAGCCAGAAAUCUGUGCUAACAACACACCAAAGAAUCCACCUUGGAGGCAAACCCUACUUGUGUGGAGAGUGUGGAGAGGACUUCAGUGACCACAGGCGGUAUCUGGCACACCGGAAGACACACGCAGCUGAGGAGCUCUAUCUCUGUAGCGAGUGUGGGCGGUGCUUCAACCAUAGUGCCGCUUUUGCCAAGCACCUAAGAGGACAUGCCUCAGUGAGGCCCUGCCGAUGCAAUGAGUGUGGGAAAAGCUUCAGUCGGAGGGACCACCUCGUCAGGCAUCAAAGAACACACACUGGUGAGAAACCGUUCACGUGCCCUACCUGCGGAAAAAGCUUCAGCAGAGGCUAUCACUUAAUCAGGCAUCAGAGGACCCACUCAGAAAAGACCUCCUAGCUAGGUCCCCAUGAAGGGAGAUCUGCAUUCAGCCCUUACCCAAGGGUGGGCCGAGAGAGGCCCUCUUGCCAGCCUGGGAAGACCUUUUCUAGGGAGUCUCCCUGACUUGCCCCAAUCUACAUAACCUCUUCCCACAACUAAAUAAAACCCCCGGGUAGAACCUCUCAAUCUUCUACUACACCUUUAGGGAAUUUUUUGCCCAAAGUACAACCUGAAUUGAGGCUUCUCCUUAAUGGGAGUGCUCCUGCCUCUACCUCAUGGGUAUGAAGUAGGAGAAUUAGAAGACUUAAGAGGUUGUGGUUUUUAUAUGUUCCCAAAAAUAGGCUGUUACAUAUCCUCAAGACUCCUUAACAGCCAAGUUUAAAGUGGCCCGGGACAAACCCUUAGGUUUGGUAAGGGACCAGCCUUUAGGAUUUUGUCCUUACCGGGCUCAAAUCUUAAAGCACACAGCCCUGAACUCAAGGCAGGAGAUUUGCAUCCUGAUGGCUUUGCCACACAUUCACAGGAUAAGUGUACAAAUCUCUCACUGAUUCACUUCUUCACCGUGCACUUUCCUUUGAUACUGGGGAGAGAUGGGAGAAGUGUUUGAUGGGUGGAAACCUCAAGGCUGCUUCACAUGGACCUUGUCAGGCUGCUCCCUUCCCCAGUCUCAACAUGAUACCAGGUGCCAGACACAGCUAGAAAGGAGGACCUAGUCAGAAGCCUGUUUCCUUGUGGGUUUUUUCCUGUUAGAACACUCGUGCCUCCCCUUCCUACUGUCCUACCAGUCUCUUGGUUUUGUCCCUAGCACUUCUGCUGUAAGUGAGGUGUAACAUUUGGGUGUUGAGGGAUUCAGUAAAGCAUAAUGAAAUCAUUUACAUUCUCACAUAUGUACAAGUCCACCUACCGCACCCUGUUCACAUGGGUUUGUAAGGGGAUUUUGGAACACUGUCGGCUUACAAAGGCACUAUACUAAUUAUAGAAUCAUGAUUGACUGGGUCACUUCAUUUACAUGAAGAAAACUGGAGAAGAUCUGAGAUCAAAUUAUGGAAAAAUUAAGAAAAAGCUGUUGCUGCUGGCUAAGGCCAUCAAGACUAUUCUCCUGACACCCAACCCCCAUCAUCCCUGCUUCGGUUCUCUGAUAUCAGGGAAAAUUAUGAACCCCAGUACCUGGGACCCUGAAGAAUUUACCAGGAGUAAAUGGCUUUCAUGUAUUUGCGUUGUUUGCUUUUUCUUAUGUGAUUUCAUUUUCAUAUACUUAAGAACUAAAUAGUAGUAUCUUAUGGCCCAAGGAUCUCUGUUGCCUGAUAAAGGUCCCGUGGAGUUGAGGCUGAAUAAUUAUGAACUUCACCUGCUCUGAUCAUGGGAGUGGCAGGACUGGGGAAACCGUCCUCCAUAAAUGGAGCACAGGGUAUGGGAUUAAAGCAUGAGAAGGGAGACUGUCUUCUGUGCCUGGUUUCUUCUCUAUUUCUCAAUCCAUUAUGUGCCAGUGUACACCAGAGGACUAUGGGUGGGAUGCCAAGGCCUCAGCGCAACAAGAAAAUUCUCAUUUUGGUCAGUAAUGAUAUUCCGAUUGAAUGGUUUGGUUUAAUACCAGUCAACCAUUGUCCUGGAAAUAUACACAUAUGAAAUAAAAGUAACGCUGGCA